AUGCCGCACGCGGAAUCAAACGCCUGCAGCGCCUGUGCAAGGUCGAAGCGGAAAUGCGGUCGGCAGAUGCCGUCAUGCGCACGAUGCGCGGAUAGGGGCAGGUCCUGCGUGUAUCCGCCGUCGAGAAGCAGAGCAGCUUCCUCGUCUCGGCCAUUGUUGUCGGAUGCGUUGAGAGGCUCGGUGCCGAGAGUGGAGGAUGGACUGCUCGCUGGGGUUGCAGGCAACACAUCCUCCCGCACCGCAGACCUGAUCCUUGCAGACGACCUCAUGUUGGACCUGGCAUUCCCACUCAUGGACAGUGACUUCGCUGCCCCGUCGUCUCUCAUUCAAACGCCCAGUGCGCCGGCCACCAGGGCAGACUGGUUCCUUGCGCCCGAGACGUGGAGGAUAUCCCAUAGAGUGGACACCUCGGCCGCUAUGGCAGUUGGCAAAGCGACGAUGAAGAAGUACGUGGCGGUGCUGCAGUCUUGGUUCGAACGCUGGGUCACCACCGGCAGCAACCCUUUUAUCCAUCCCUGUCUGUACAGUGCGAACUCCCCGGCGUGCGUGCAGGUCGCGUAUGCCACGCUGGCUAGCUAUAUCCACCGGACACCCGCAAACACGGACACCGUCCUCCAAAUUGUAGAGGACAGGUCGAACGAUCUACUCCGGGAGAACGGGGCUAUUCUGGACAGGGUUGGCGCGGAGGAGUGGGCCGACGGAGGGGAGCAAGAUAUUGACCUGUUCGCGCAGUUAACAAGGCUGCACGCGCUCAUGGUCUACCAGAUCAUCGGCCUCUUCGACGGCGACAUCCGCUCCCGCUACGUCGCCGAAGGCCACAUGGCCGUCCAGGAUAGCUGGGCCGGCAAGCUCUUUCACUCGGCCGCAAAGGCAUUGUCAAACACCCACGCCGUUGCCACGCAUCUUGUCGGCUGUCUGCCAACGCCGUCCACCUACUCGCAGCAACAGUGGUACCUGUGGAUCCUGUCGGAGAGCAUCCGCCGCACCUGGCUCGUCGCCGUCAGCCUCUCCCCCGUCUUCACCGCGCUGCAGCAGCGCUGGUCGGCCUGCCCCGGCGGCGUCAUGUACACGAACCGCAGCGGCCUUUGGAAUGCCGCGAGCGCCACCGAGUGGGAGAAGCAGUGCUUGGGAAGGAAUGUGGCGUUCUUGCAGCGCUUCGAGUGCUCGAGGCUCUUUGACGACGCGGAACCCGCGGAUAUUGACGAGUUCGGCACGGCCAUGUUGGACAUGACUUUCAAUGGGGAAUUGGUAGAGAAGUGGAGGGACAGAAGCGGUGGUUUAUAG